CCGGCGCUGGCAAAGAACAUCAUCUUCGCCGCUGCGAUCAAAGAGCACAAGAAACAGAGAGAAAGAGAGAGAAGCCCAAAUCUAGGGUUAGGGUUAGGGAUUGGGAUCCGAUCUCUUCUGGCUCUUGGUCUCUGGAGCUAGAUUAAUGGCGGCAGGGGCUUUGCAGUACCUGGAAACACAGCGGAACGCGCGGCCGGAGCUUGCGGAAUGGUACUCAGCGUUGGCGGAUCUUUAUCAGCGGAAGCUAUGGCAUCAGCUUACUCUCAAGCUCGAGCAGUUUGUCGCCCUAGCUGUCGUUCAGGCAGGCGAUGCUCUCAUACAGUUGUAUAAUGACUUCAUCACAGACUUUGAGACAAAGAUUAAUCUCCUCAAAUUGGCACACUUUGCUGUGAUUGUUUCUCGUCAAUAUUCUGAUAAACAAGUUGCCAUCAGCUAUCUUGAUGGGGUGAUUGAAAAGUUGCAAGCAACUAAAGAAAUGCGGAUAGAGGAGCCAAUCCUGUAUGUUAAAAUGCAAAUAGCGGUAUUUAAGCUUGAGCAGGGGAAUCAGAAAGAGUGCAAGAAACUUUUAGAAGAUGGCAAGGCUACAUUGGAUAGCAUGACUGAUGUUGACCCCUCUGUUCAUGCCAGUUUUUAUUGGAUAUCUUCACAAUAUCAUAAAUCACGUCAAGAAUUUGCUGAGUUCUAUAAGCACACCCUUCUAUAUUUAGCCUACACCACAGUGGAAUCUCUCUCAGACUCCUUCAAGCUGGAUUUGGCUUUUGAUCUGUCCCUUUCUGCCUUACUGGGAGAUAACAUAUAUAACUUUGGGGAAUUGCUGGCUCACCCAAUUAUAAACAGCCUUUUGGGGAGCAAAGUAGAGUGGCUGUAUCAUAUUCUUCAGGCAUUUAAUACUGGAGACCUGGUCCGUUAUCAAGAACUGUGCCAUGCCCAUAAUGCUGCCUUGAACGCUCAACCUGCAUUGGUAGCUAAUGAGAAAAAACUGUUGGAAAAAAUCAACAUUCUCUGUUUGAUGGAAAUAAUUUUCAGCCGACCUUCUGAAGAUCGAACCAUUCCAUUAAGUGUCAUUGCUGAACGCACAAAACUUUUGAUAGAAGAUGUGGAAUAUCUUCUCAUGAAAAGCCUUUCUGUGCAUCUCAUUGAAGGCAUAAUAGAUCAAGUGGAGAGCACAGUUUAUGUCUCAUGGGUGCAGCCUAGGGUUUUGGGUAUACCACAAAUCAAAUCCUUGCGUGAUCGCCUGGAUGUUUGGCUUGGCAAGGUGCACUCGGCCUUGCUAUCAGUUGAAGCUGAAACUCCUGAUCUAGUCGCAUCCUAAGGUGCAACAUCACCAUUUCUCUCACUAGUACUUCAUGAUAAUUGUCCACCUCCCUGAAUGAAGAUCAGACAAUAUGAAGAUAUCACCUCGGAACUCGUCUCGAGUUUGAUCUUAAAGUUAUUUCUAUGCAAUUGGUGAACAUUAUGAACACAUAUUGAAGCAGUUAUUUCUUGGAUUUCUGAGAAAUUUGGUUCAAUGCUUCUGAGAACCAUGGAUGCAAAAAUGUUUCUAAAGAGCUUCAUUGGUAGUGUUUGUGUUCUGCGGACAAGUUCUUGGUUUAGUCCAUAAUGCAAGAAGAUCAUUAAUUUUGUAGAAUACUUUGUUAUCUUCAUGUGUGUGAAUGUUUUUGGGUAGUAUAAUCAUAAUGCAUUGUCAGGGUUUAUAUUUUAUUUU